AUGAAUCAACACCGUGGAAACUGGAAUUCAUCCACAAAAUUAAUGACGAAAUCAACUACCAUUAAGUCAUUACCCGGUAUCAAAAAAACUUUGAACGAUUUUAAACGAAAACCUUUCCGGGCUAGGACUGUUCCCCUAAGUCACUACGAAGAACCUUUUCACCCGAUAUUAAAGAAGAGGAAAGGAUAUGAGACCGUAAAUGAAUUAAACGAAAAUACGACAAGGGCUUAUCAAGUAGAAGAGAUGAUUCCCGAACAGCCCGCUUGUCCCGAAAAACAAAAUCUCCUGGACACUCCGACGCAUCUAGGCCUACAUCAGCCGCUCUUGACUGCCAAAGAAAAUUUCGACCACAAUUACCGAUUUGGUCAUGUCUUGGGUAAAGGUGGCUUUGGCACGGUGUACGCAGCAACCCGCGUUUGCGACGGUCUACCCGUAGCCAUAAAGAAAGUCAAGAGAAGUUCCAUCACGAGCUGGUGUCAAGUGAACAAUGAAAUAGUUCCACUCGAAUACAGUUUACUUCGUCAAGUGUCACAGUGCAGUGGCGUGGUCAAGUUACUAGACGCUUGUGACGCGGGCGACGCCUUUUAUAUCGUCAUGGAGACUAUGGAAUCAUGCCGAGAUCUAUUUGAUUUCAUCACAGAACAAGACAAUCAGAUUUUGCCCGAACACUUGGCCAAGAAAUUCUUCCGACAAAUAGUCGAGGCCGUCGUGCAGUGCCAUCGGGUUGGAGUAAUUCACCGCGACAUCAAGGUCGAAAACAUAUUGGUGGAUUUGAAUACGCUAAAUGUUAAACUGAUUGACUUUGGAGCAGGCGCCCACGUCAAAAAUACCUUCUAUACGGAUUUUAAUGGAACGCACGUUUACUCUCCACCCGAAUGGAUCGUUCACGGAAAAUACAUGGGCGUACCAGCCACAGUUUGGUCUUUUGGCAUCUUGUUGUAUGUGAUGAUCUUUGGAGAUAUUCCCUUCGAGGAGGAUGACGAAAUCGUCAACGCUGUUCUGAACUUCCCACCUGGCAACCAAUUGGCCUCUCAGCAAUGUCGUGAUCUGAUACAAACUCUCCUCGAACCCAAUCCCUCCAAACGGCCAAGUCUAGAGCAAAUUUUGUCUCAUACAUGGUUAUGUCCAUGUUGA